UUAUCAACUCACAAAACCCAGAAACAAAUAGAUUUCCUAUUCAGAUUUCAGACCAUCUCUCUCUUUGUUCUCCUCGUCUCCAAGAAGCUCCGGUUGAAAUUCAAACUAUACUUAGAACCCUAAAACAAAUCCUUUGUCUGAAAUCAAAUCCAAUUUUUUUUUUUCAUGGAUCUUGCACCAGAACAGCUGCAGUAUCUUACUACCACAGAAGUCCUCAAAGAAUCAGUCACAAUUCCAAAAUCAUCUCCAAAGACAUUUUCUCUCAUAACCCUAACCCUUGUUUUUCCUCUCUCCUUUGCUGUCUUAGCCCAUUCCCUCUUCACCCAUCCUCUCCUCAGACAAAUCGAAACCCAAUCUCCUUCAAACCCUAAGCUUCCUCAAGAAUGGGCUCGCCUACUAGUCUUCCAGUUCUGCUACCUUAUUUUUCUCUUCGCGUUCUCUCUUCUCUCUACCGCUGCUGUUGUUUUCACCGUUGCUUCUCUCUACACCUCCAAGCCCGUCUCUUUUACUUCCACAAUCUAUGCAAUCCCUCGGGUUUUCAAGCGUCUCUUAAUCACCUUCCUCUGGGUUGCUCUGCUCAUGAUCGUUUAUAACUUUGUCUUUAUUGCCUCUCUUGUUACUCUCAUCAUAGCCAUCGAUAAUAAGAGCUCGCUUCUUUUCUUGUUCGCACUCGCCCUUAUUUUGGUAUCCCUCGUCGUUCACGUCUACAUUACAGCUCUAUGGCACCUCGCUAGCGUUGUGUCGGUUCUCGAACCGGUUUACGGGAUUGCAGCGAUGAGGAAGAGUAAGGACUUGUUGAAGGGGAAGACCCGGAUGGCUGCUGUGCUUGUUUUCGGGUAUUUAUCGAUUUGUGGGGCAAUUGGUGGCGUUUUUGUAUCGUUUGUGGUUCAUGGUGGGCAGAAUUCUGGAGUGUUUGUUAGGAUUGUGGUUGGUGGAGUCUUAGUUGGGGUGUUGGUUAUUGUGAACUUGAUAGGAUUGUUGGUUCAGAGUGUGUUCUACUAUGUCUGCAAAAGUCAUCAUCACCAGGGGAUUGAUAAGAGUGCUUUGUGUGAUCAUCUUGGUGGCUAUCUUGGAGACUAUGUGCCUCUGAAGAGUAGUGUUCAGAUGGAGAGUAUGGAGAUCUGAGGGAGGGAGGAAAUUUAUGUGUACUCUGUUUCACUAUGAGAAUUGUGUAAAGAAAAAAAGUUGUUGGUUAGUAUUUGUUUUGAGUCUCUAAUCUCUGCUUUCAGUAAAACUGAGGCCUAUGCUCAUAUUCUCUGUUCCAUUAGUUAGUUUUUAGUCUGUUUUUGGUUUUAUUUUAGUUUUUAGUCUGUUUUUGGUUUUAUGUUGUGAUUAGCACUGUAGAUAUCUUUAAAUGAUGUGAAUUCUUACUAGUCAGAGGGAUGAGCUCUUGCAUUGUUUCACUUUGUUAAAACCCCAUGUAAUCACUUUUGAAGGCCAUGCUUUGAGAGUAUCUCCUGUUACAUUUCCUUUCUAGUUAUAGUUGAUAUUAUUUGUCUGGUUUCUUAUCA